UGUCAAUCAACGAGGGAGGGAGCGCACCGGCGCCGGGUGAUGUCAGCGGAUCAGCUGCUCCAUAACAAAGAGGGGGUAUCACAGGAGAAAGUUGCAGCGGCGGCUGCACCCCGGAGCCUCGGGGACCGGGGACGAAGGGAGGAGGGACGGCGGCUGCGGCAGCCGCGGCAGGCCGGGGAAUUGAAAGGACUGUAGGGGGAGGCAGCGCGAGCCGCCCCGACUGCUCCUCCUCUUCCUCCCCCUCCUCCUCCUCCAAACUCGCAGGGCUUAGCCCCAGCGCUCGCUCAGCCGCCGCGAGCACCCGGAGGCACGGGAACCGGCCGCACGGCCCGGUGCUGGGCAGGGUCGCAGCCGCCAUGGAUAGCGACGACGAGAUGGUGGAGGAAGCCGUGGAAGGGCACCUGGACGAUGAUGGAUUACCACACGGGUUCUGUACCGUCACCUACUCCUCCACAGACAGAUUUGAGGGCAACUUCGUGCAUGGAGAAAAGAAUGGACGCGGGAAGUUCUUCUUCUUUGACGGCAGCACCCUGGAGGGAUUUUAUGUGGAUGAUGCCCUGCAGGGCCAGGGUGUUUACACCUAUGAGGAUGGAGGUGUCCUCCAAGGCACAUAUGUGGACGGCGAGCUGAACGGACCAGCCCAGGAGUAUGAUACCGACGGGAGGCUGAUCUUCAAGGGCCAGUACAAAGACAACAUUCGACAUGGAGUGUGUUGGAUCCAUUACCCAGAUGGAGGUAGCCUCGUCGGGGAAGUCAACGAAGACGGAGAGAUGACUGGAGAGAAGAUAGCCUACGUCUACCCUGACCAGAGGACCGCGCUCUAUGGAAAGUUCAUCGAUGGGGAGAUGCUUGAAGGGAAACUGGCCAUCCUCACGGCCACCGAAGAAGGGAGGCCACACUUUGAACUGACGUCUGGAAGUUCCGUGUACCACUUUGAUAAAUCGACGUCCUCCUGCAUCUCUAGUGAUGCCCUCCUUCCAGACCCUUAUGAGUCCGAGAGAGUUUAUGUUGCCGACUCUCUCAUCUCCAGUGCCGGAGAAGGACUAUUUUCCAAGGUAGCAGUAGGACCCAAUACUGUUAUGUCUUUUUAUAAUGGAGUCCGGGUUACACACCAAGAGGUUGACAGCAGGGAUUGGGCCCUCAACGGGAACACUCUGUCCCUGGACGAGGAAACCGUCAUUGACGUGCCUGAGCCCUACAACCGUGUAUCCAAGUACUGUGCCUCCCUGGGACACAAGGCGAACCACUCCUUCACUCCAAACUGCAUCUAUGACAUGUUUGUCCACCCCCGUUUCGGGCCCAUCAAGUGCAUCCGCACCCUGCGAGCUGUGGAAGCUGAGGAAGAGCUGACCGUGGCCUAUGGCUAUGACCACAGCCCCCCCGGGAAGAGCGGGCCCGAAGCCCCUGAGUGGUACCAGGUGGAGCUGAAGGCCUUCCAGGCCACCCAGCAAAAGUGAGAGACCUGGCCCUGGGGUCCGGAGACCUGGAAUAGAAACUUGGAUCUAUGCACUACAUUUAUCUGACAACGGGACAACCAGGGACUGUUCAUGCUGUGACAUCACAUCCUCUCACCCUGCGUUAGCAACGACUUUCUCGCAUACUAACUAGGUUUGACUGUAUUACUCAUACCAGAUUUAAAAUUAGCUAGCCUUGCAGUAACGCCCUACUGAGAGGUACUGUCGAACUGUAGACAGCAUGAUGUUCUUUGAUGGUUGAAGUCUAAAUCUGGACCACGUUCAGAGAUACCAAAUGAUGGGGUUGAAAAAGGGAACUGGGAUUCUUCAGUCAUUUUUCCGUCAGUGGUUUUUUUCCAUGAUGUUUUUUUUCUAUGGCCAUUGCAAAUGGUGUUCGAUCACCCUUGCAUGUUGCCAUCUGCGGGGCAGGAAGCGAUGACAUCUUUAUAUAAAUGUAGGGUCAUUUAUUUGCCUUUUAACCUUUGAUCUGUAUCUUGCAAUAGAAUGGCUUUGUUUCUGUUGUUACUCUCCUAGUGAACCGAAGCCCAGUCUUCUGAGUCUUUUCUCUAGCCUCACUUCUUAUCUUAGCUAUCCUUUACAAGAGAAAGCUUCCAAAUGGAUUUUGCAUUCAUAGCAGUGUCCAGGUCUCUCUGGUUCUUUCUCUAUCAUUUCAUUCUUAUGUCCUGAUAUAAAGUACUGGCUCAUAGGGCCAGACUGUUAUUAUAGACUUAUUAUUCUCGCAUGUAAACAAAGAUACCUUUGCUUUCAGAUGUGAGAAGAAAUGAAUUUGCUCUGUUUGCAUUAAGUUACCAGAGAGUUGUAAGAUACACUUUCCGGAAGAAGAGAGGAACAUUAGUAUUUCUAAGCAGUCAUUGUGGCAAUUUUGCAGUAUAUCCAGUAGUGCUGGCAAUUUUUUCUCCUCGGGUACACACUAAUUGUACAUAACCUAGUGCAGUCUGGCUUGUGACACAGCUCACUGAAUUCGAAGUACAAUAGCCAACCUGCAUUCCAACCCAGAAUGCAGAGUUCUCUUUGAAACCAGUGCCCAGGAGACAGACACGCUGAUCACUAGGUGCAAGUCAGAUCUGUAGCUAAAGCUUCUCACCACAGUGGUCUCCGAGCACUUAACUGCUUCCACGCUCUGCGAGCCCAGAGUUCACACCUGUGCACUUUCUAUCACUAGCAUAUUGCCACCUCACACAAGCCAUAUGUACUCACAACUGCAGAAAUACAGAGGAAAACCCAUUGUUUUAGUUUAGCACAUUAGAUCUGUAACAUAACUGGAUUGCUCUGAAUGAAUGCUGAGUUGGGGGGGGCCCUCCCCCAAGGCGUCACUCCGUCACAAGGAAACCUGGGAACCACAGUUGCUGAAGUCUGCAGCUGUCCACAGUGCCGUGUGUGGCCUGCUUGGUUUGGGCUUUUGAGGGAGCUCGGAAUGCAUAGAGAUGCGUGCUGGGAGUGGGUGGGAUUGGAGGGAGGAGACAGGUAGAGGGCAGUUGCCCCCCCCCCCCCCCCCCCCCCCGUCAGUUGCUCUCUUUAACAACAGCUUCCGCAAGUGUUCCAUCUGGGGCUGCACACUGUUUGCCCAUCGAACAGCCCCAGAAUAGAAGACUCAGCCCUCAGCUCCGAUAGCCACACCCUGGGCUCUUUUACAAGCUUCCUGGCACACCCAGCUUCAGGCUCUGCACCUAGGUGGCGGUGCUUUCCAGGAGAGCUGGUCACGUCCCUGUUUGAAAGCUUUUAAGAAGAUAGUUCACUCGGGAGAAGCAUCCUUGGAACUUCUGAGGAGGUCUCCUGCAAGGUGGCGGAAUCAUUUUUAGACUACAAGUCGCCAGGAUAGGAUUGCUUCUAUUCUGUAGAAAGAGACCACUCAGUAAACUGUGACGGAAGGGUGGGGUCUGUGGAUUUGAAUUCUGAGAGGUGCUUUCAUGUAAAUGUGUCCAAAGAGAGUUAGCUGCCUUGGGGAGAAAGAUGGCUUUCUUCAGCUCCACCAGUCAGGUUUGGACUCGGUCGAGAGAUGAGGCAGAGGGAGAGAGGGCAGGUCCCGCCUCGGAUGGUGCGCCCCAGGAUUUCACACCUGGAGUUGGAACCUAGUCUUGGUUGCAACGGGGGCUCCACUUCUAUCCUAAAGGGCUACUCUAGCGAUCUCAUUCAAAUGGAACUCAAAAACAAUUUUGGGGGCUUGAGGGCCAGCAAAAUGGUUUAGCAGGUAAAGAUGCUUGUGGCCGAGCCUAUGACCUGAGUUCAUCUCUAGGACCUCCAUAGCAGGAGAAAACCAACCCCUGAAGGAUGUCCUCUGACCACACACAGUGUGGCAUGUGUUCACCCCCACAUACAAAAAAAAAUCUUUUUUUUAAAUGUAUAAAUAUAAAGGGAUGGAAGGACAGUGGCUGGGAGCUAGCUAAUCUGCGUUUCACAUUCCACACUGGAGGAAGGCGGUCUGGGCGUCCAGCCCAGCACUGUGUACGUGACCCUUAGACAGAUCCCAGGAAGCAAUCCACCCAGCCAAGCUGCUCCGUCUUCCCUCUUCCUGUGUGUGUCCUGUGUCUUUCUCCCUUUUCCUUCUGCUGUGUGAGAAGCCUUGGUGUGUGAGCAGAACGGCAGCCCAGCUCUUUGCUCCGCCUCUUUAUGUCUAGAGUUCCUCUCCUCUCACACUGUGUGCUUUUCCCUGAGUGACCUGGUCCAGUCAUCCUGUCUCCCACUCCCCGAGAUAUCCAGGGUUGUCACAGGCUGCAACUCUUAAAGGGGCCAGAAAGUCAUUGGAGAGGUAGAGGAGUCAGCAGGGUAGAGGUUGCAUAGAGAACUCACUGCUUAGGGGGAGCUGAGGUUUGUUCCUAGUUUGACCCAAAGUGGAAAAGCACCGUCUACUUACUUCCCAUCUGCUGCAGUAGGAAAUAAGAAGCAGAUAAAUCUGGUCUUCCAUCAGGAUCAAAAUAACAAGAGGACAUGAUUGAGAUUCAACGUGGUAGAGGGAAAAGAUUUAACCUUCCGCUGUCUUCCAAACAGCCGGAGCCUGUGCACUGACUGACGCCAUGGUCUCGGAGGGGAUUCAUUCAGAGCUGUCUCGGUUCAACCCUGCAUGACUUGACCCAUCAUUAGCAACUUUUCUAUGAUGAACUAUUACCUUGUGUUAGACUUAGGAAUAGGAACUAAUCUACAGAGCAUGUCCCCUAGGGGGCAUUUGUUUGAACUAACAAAAGCGAAUGUAAGGACUGAAUUUAGGAUGCAAAAGAAUGAGAUGAGGCUAGAAAGUAACAGGCAGGGAGGACUUGAGUUUCUUAGUACCUAUUCUUGUUUUAACCCGCUUGAUCCCAGAGGAAAUUCUUUGUCAAGACCUCUUUGAACCUGACUGGGACUAGAGUUCAGCUUCAUUACCCUUUGGGGUUCAUCACACUUGAAAAAUGAUUUUCUUAUCACCACCACCACCCCGAGACACACACACACACACACACACACACACGCAAACUGUCAAGGCCAUGUAACCAUUUAUAACAUUUAAUUGUGACAAUUAAAAUUGCAUUGAGCUGGGGAUAUAGCUCAGUGGUCCAACAUUUGCCUAAAAACUGUGGAGGCCCUGGAUUACAUCCCUAAUGGGGGAGUCAAUUAUGAACACUGAAUUAAAAGUUUGUCUUAGUGAGACAGUAUGUGGCACUUUUAUUAAUCUUCACUUAAUAGAUUUUUUUAAAAAAAAAUCUAAAUUUCUCACUGCAAGAUAUAAUAUUUAAAAUCUUCCAGGAAGGUCAAAAAUCCUGGGUGUUGUUUGCUCUCACACAGCCCUCCCCAAGUUCUGUCUUCAGAGUAGCGAUUUAGAAUCCUGACUUCUUUUGUUUUAGACAAACAAGUGAAACUAGGUUGCAAGAUGGAUAGUUGUAAUGUUUAUUUGCUGCAGAUCAAAGGUUCACAAAAUAUAUUCAAUUUACAGGUACUUGAGGUACCUUGAUAUAUUCCUCAACAUACACCUUGGAUUUUUUUCCCUUCAGAAAUUUUAAGCCUUGGUGUCAGGGUUUUUGUUUUUGGAGUUUUUUUUUUUUUUCUUUGUUUUGUUUUGGUUUUGGAGAGUUUUGGGGGGGGGGAGUUGGGUUUUUUGUUUGGUUUGGGGUUUUUUGGUUUUUUGGUUUUUUGGGGGGGUUGUUUUCAAUAAUACUAAAUUUUAAAAGUUUUAUUUGCCAAACGUGUGCAUACAUAUUCAAAGCAAUGAAACUAUUUCAAGCCAUACAGCCACAGGGGUGGAAACCCUUUUCACAAAUUUUAAUGUGUUUGUAUGUAAAUAGAUGUUUGUAUGAAAUAUUUUCAUGGUAGAAUGAAUAUAUUUAAAUGAAGUUGAAUUAUUCCAGUGCUAUUUAAACACACGACAAAAUUUUUGGUGAGAAUUAUCUGAGUCUAUUGAGAUAUAAUGCAGAUCAGUUUUCAUUUUUAGAAAUCAAAAGCCUACAGAGCCCUCUGACUGGCGCCCCCCUCCUGGCGGGGUAGGGUCUGAUGCAGGUAGGCUUCCCAGUGCCUCAGCCGCUUUCUGGUGGUAAGUUCGGUGCUAAUGGAGGUGUGUUUACCUUUUAGUGAUUCCCUGCAGGCCCCCUGGGGGGCCUGAGCGAGAAUCGAGGCAUUAGAGAUACUGGUGCAGUUCUAGGAGCACAAUUUCUUUGCAGGGCAGCAGAAUCAGAAACCAGACUUGGCCGUGUGGACCUCAGAACUGGGUUUCCCGGCCACCUUCACUUACCACCCCUAACUGCCUAGUCACAAUGUCAGGGAGGCUACCCUCAGUGGAGUUGGGGUCCAGACCCCAGGGUGGGACUUCACAGAUUUACCAAUGCUUUUUGCCUUCUGCCCUCCCUCUCCCAGAGAGGGAGGGCAGCCGCUGGCAGGGGCCACCCUCAGCACAGUCCAUAUCCUGUCUCAGCUCUGGAAGACUAUGCAUCUAAGCACCCAACUUCAGCCAGAGAGGGAGACUUCCGCGGAUAAUGGAAACCCUUGAUUCCUGUCUGUGACUUUACACGGUUGUUAAAUGUCAUUUUAAUAUGAAGACCAUUCAUGUACCUAAGACAUACCUCCCAAUUCUUCUGACGCUUGAGUUACUAGAAAGGAAAACAAAACAAAACAAAAACCCCCUUACAAUGAUAAGCCACUGGAGUGCGUUCCCCAACCCACCUUUGGCCCUGGAUACAAUGAAACAAUAAUCUGACAAAUUUUCACUGUGUACACUAGCAAUAUGAACACUGAGCGGGUGCAUUCUCCUCUACCUACUCGGUUACUAGAAUUUCUCUUGAAACUACAGGGACUGUGUAUGUCGUGCCUGGUGGUUGCAUAAGAAAGUUAUGAAGUUAUGUCCAUGAUUUUUAGCUCCCUUCUUCAAAUGUUCUUCCUCCUGGGUUUUCUAUGUUCUUUCUAUCCUAAAAUGCAUUUAUUGGGUUGUGAGGUAUGUUUAUGGAAUGGAAGCCAGGGGUUACGCUUUCGGCCUUGAUUGUAUCCAAAAGACAACCACAUCAACAAAACAACAACAACAACAACAUCUUUGGUCUUUUGUGGAAUUUGAACUAAAUCUAUGAGCCUUAUUAAAUAUCUAUAAUUCUAUGAUUUUUUUAAAUUAUGGGAAAUUAAUGGAAGAUGUUUACAUGAGUAAUGUUUGCCCUUAAUGUGUUAUGAAUGAAUUUUUUGUAGUGUGUCUGGGCGCAUGUGCAAGAAAGUAGGAAAAAUGUUUCUGAAAUAAAACUUGACAAAUAUUUGUAAUGAAAAGUAAACUUAAAGAUUGCUAUAAUUGCGCUAUAGAAACAAUGCAAGUAUUAAACAAAUAUAAACUCC